ACAAUGGCGGUUAGCAGAGAAGCAUCGCAGGAACUUAACACACUAGUUGCCGAGAAUUGGUGUAACAUGCAGGUUAAAGUGGAGAGCUUCAGCUAUAUGUGGACCAUAAAUAAUUUUAGUUUUUUUUACGAGGAAAUUGAUGAAGCACUAACAUCGCCCGAAAUUUCUACCGGUGCUAGUGACAAACUAAAAUGGUAUUUUCAAUUGCAUCGAAAGUGUGCCACUUACUUCUCGAUAUAUUUAGUAUUUUCAUCGUUGGGUAACAAAUCAGAAGUUAGAACCAAAUUUAAAUGCUCCAUAUUGAAUGCGAAAGGCGAAGAAAUCAAAUCCAUGGCAUUGCCCUGUCGUCGUUUCAGAGAGGGUGAAAAGUGGGGCAUUGAACAAAUCUUAUGGCGAGAUGAGCUAUUGGAUGAGAGCAAUGGUCUUUUACCGGAAGACAAAUUAACUAUAUUCUGUAAAGUUAGCUUUGUAUCUGAUAUAGUGAAUAUCUGUGGCAAAUCAAAUGCCCUUCAAUUUAAAAUACCCGAAUGUCGUUUGUCCGACGAUUUGGGUGCGCUAUUUCAUAAUGAGAAAUUCAGUGAUGUAACGUUGACGGUAGCCGGCAGGGAAUUUCGAGCGCACAAAGCUAUAUUGGCAGCACGAAGUGAAGUCUUUAGUGCUAUGUUUGAGCACGAAAUGAAGGAGCGUGAACAGAAUAAUGUCGUUAUCGAAGACAUCGAUCAUGAAGUGCUGAAAGAAAUGCUGUGUUUCAUCUACACAGGCAAAGCACCAAAUUUAGAACAAGAACAAAUGGCUGAGGUUCUUCUAGCUGCUGCUGAUAAGUAUGCGCUCGAAAAGCUGAAAGUGAUAUGCGAAGAGGCUAUCUGUCGGAAGCUCUCCGUAGAUAAUGCAGUGGAAACUUUGGUAUUAGCCGACCUACAUAGUGCGCAUCAAUUGAAAGCACAAGCCAUAGAUUUCAUAAUUACUCAUGCCACGGCAGUGAUGGAAACUACCCGCUGGCAGAGUAUGAUUACGACACAUUCACAUCUAUUUGCGGAGGCAUUUCGUAAGCUUGCAACACAACAGAUACCUACCAUCGACUGGACUACCAAGCAGGCGUGA